AUGGGAAUAUCCCUAGGCUGGUGCUGGCUCCUUCUCCCAGUUUGCCAGGCUCUAGUUGUCCCCAGAGAGGUCAGUGGCCGGGCAGGGGAGACACUUUCCCUUCGUUGCUGGUACCCCCGGGGCUAUGAGGGCUACAACAAGUACUGGUGCCAUGGGGCCAGCCGUUACUCCUGCCUCAAGAUGGUGGAGACAGCAGGCAGGGAAGCACCCCAGCAGCAGGGCCGGGUCUCCAUUCAGGACAAUCACAUCUUCUGCGUGAUCCUGGUCACCAUGGAGAACAUCUCGGAGGCUGAUGCUGGUAGUUACUGGUGUGCGAUCGAGAGGACAGGCGAGGACAUGAUGGAGCCAGUGACAGUGAGAGUGAUCCCAGCCCUGAGCGCCCUGGUGCCCAGCGUGGUCCUGAUCUCCCUCCUGGCUGCUGCUGUCUCCGCCGGGCUCCUCCACACCCUGCACAGGAGGAGAGAAGGUAACAGUGCCUGGAUGUCUAUGCCAACUCUUUCUGGCACAACACGCACUCGCACCAAAGCCCCCGCCACCCCCUGCAAGCUGGGCAUCGCCAUGGACCUGCACCAUGACUUCAUCUAUGACAAUGAGCAGGAUCUGGCAGAGGGUGCCCGCAGUGACAUGGAGCAGGAUGCCAAUCCAGAGGAUGAAGGUGUCUACACAAACACCCUGUGUCAGGAGAAGGAGACGGGGAUGCCCAACCAAUAUUUCCAAGGAGAAGAGGUUUCCUACUUGUCCUAG